AUGAUGGACGACGAAUCUCAGGAUCUCAAUGAAAGAUGUGGUGAUGCUGCGGCCGACCACGACGUUCCGAGCUCUGGCCAACCGUUCUUUAAUUCAUGGCGAGACGAGCCUCUGACACCUCCCGAAUCAUCAAAAGUUACAGAAAUUCUCCGAGCAUGCAAGAACGGCGAUAGAGAGCAGUUAACAACACUUGCCACGUCCUCGGGCGGUCUCAUAGAGGACCGUAUCAGACGUAUCGCCUGCAACUCUCACACCGAUGCCGAUCAUACGCAUGAUUGGCAAGACAUGCCUGUACACCGAGAUGAGGAGCAAGUCAAGCUUGAUGUGCACCGCGCUUUUGUGUACUAUCCCACUGGCGAAUCAGAGAAGCAGAUUGAAGGCCGUAAAGAUGAACUCUCGAACCUUAUCACUGGCCUACUGCGCCGUCAUCCCUGCCUACACUACUUCCAGGGCUUCCACGACAUUGCGCAAGUGCUUUUGCUUGUACUCGGCGCUAAUCAGGCUGCACCUCUCCUGGCCCGCUUGUCUCUGCUGCGCAUUCGAGACUACAUGCUUCCUACCUUUUCUGCCAGUGAAUCACAUGUGCAGCUUCUGCCGGCAAUAGUCUACGCUACCGAUCCCAAACUUUGUCAGCAUCUGGCUAGACUUCGACCAUAUUUUGCCAUUGCUGCAACUCUGACCCUUUAUGCACACGAUAUCGAAGAGUAUGGCGGUAUCUCUCGGCUGUUCGAUUUCCUGCUGGCACAUGAAGCUGUGAUAUCAGUGUACAUGUAUGCGACACUAUUGGAAUUCGAACCUGACGAAGAAGACAUGAUGUACGCAAUCUUGUCCAAGCUGCCCAAGCCGUUGGACAUCGAGGCCCUUAUCUCCAGAACGACUUUGCUCUUUGCGCAACACCCACCAGAGACCCUUCCAUUUGGUGCAUGGCGUAAAGUAUCAAAUUAUAGUGUGUUAAAGACCACACGUGACUCAGACUCACUUUCCAAGCAGACACUUGAGGAAGGCGAGCAUCUUCAUGCGAAGCAUGCAGCACAGAUCAAGCGUCAGGAAACACUCCAGAAGAUGACUGCUCACUCGCGGUUGUUGGCCUACAGAUACCGUAAGCCUGCUGGAGCAUUCACGGUCGCGAUUGUCAUCGGAGUUCUGUCGCUAUGGCUAGGAAGAGGCGGAAAUGGUUCUUCCGUAUCAUCAUUGGCCAUGUUACUUGACGCUAAGGACAAGCUACUGUUGGUCAUUAGCAAGGCUUGGACAAGUCUCCGGCCGUGA